CCUGUUGGUGUAACUACUUUGUCUGGAGUCAGUGGUGGGAAGGUUUUGGGGAUAUGGGUGCCAAACUCUUUACAAAAGUUUUUCCCCUGGUGACUAUGGCAGCGUGACGGCAUGUGGGGAAUCUGCUGAGUGUCUGUGAGAUGUGGCCAAAGUCCACUCAGGCUUUGGACGUGUUUUGUGCCUGUGAACGGGCCGCGCUGCAGGAUGACGGCCCCAGGGAAGCUGCGGGUGGUGGUGAUCGGGGCAGGAGCAGCCGGGCUGUGCGCAGCCCGUCACAUUGCUGCCUGCCCCGAGUCCUUUGCGCCCCCCGUGGUGUUCGAGGCAUCCGGCCGCGUCGGGGGCACCUGGGUCUAUACCGAAGAGACGGGGCAGAGCCCGGACGGGCUCCCCAUCCACUCCAGCAUGUACCGGGACCUCAGGACCAACCUGCCCAAGGAGGUGAUGGCGUUCCCAGACUUCCCCUUCGACCCCUCCCUGCCGUCCUUCCUGCACCACUCGGACGUGCUGGCCUAUCUGGAAAGCUACGCCGACCACUUCUGUGUCCGAGAGCAUAUCAGGUUCUCGUGGCUGGUGGAUGCCGUGAGCCCGGCCGAGGGCCCUGAGGGCGGCUGGGAUGUCACCACCUGCCGGGCCCAGGACCGGACGGUGCAAGUGACCGAGCGCUUCGAUGCUGUAAUCGUCUGCAGCGGUCACUACUCCGACCCCUUCAUCCCCGCCAUCCCCGGCCUGGAGACCUUCCCAGGCCGGCUGCUGCACAGCCACGAAUACCGCGGCCCGGAGCCCUUUGCCGGCCGCACCGUGGUGCUGCUGGGGGCCGGCCCGUCCGGCGUGGACCUGACGCUGCAGCUGGCCCCCGUGGCCCAGCGGGUGAUCCUGAGCCACCGGCAGCCCCCGCUGCCCCCGCUGCCCGGGAACGUGCUGCAGGCAAUGCCGGCGGUGGCCGUGGCCGGGGACACGGUCCAGUUCGGGGACGGCGCCGAGCACAGGGCCGACGUCCUCAUCCUCUGCACCGGGUACCGGUACCGCUUCCCCUUCCUGGCGUCCGCCCGCCUGGGCCUGCGGAUCACGGCCCACACGGUGACGCCGCUGUAUCGGCACCUGCUGCCCCCGCACCACCCUGACCUCUUCUUCAUCGGGGUCUGCCAGCAGAUCUGCCCCUUCCCCCACUUCCACUGCCAGCUGCUCUUCUGCCUGGCGGUGCUGCGGGGCGCCUGCCGCCUGCCCUCCGCUGCCGAGAGGCAGGCGGCCGCCGAGGGGGAGCUGCGGCAGCACCUCGCGGCCGGCGGGGCCCCCAGGCACUUCCACCAGCUGGGGCGGCGGCAGUGGGGUUACUGCCAGGAGCUGGCGCGGCUGGGCGGGUUCGAGCCCCUGCCCCCGGUGGUCAGGAAGCUCUACGAGGCCACGCAGGCGAGCCGCAGGCAGGACGUCUCCAGCUACCGGAGCCUCAACUACAGGGUGUUGAGUGCUGAGGAGUGGGCGCUGGUGGGCGCUGACCCUGGGGGGAAGGGGGCUGAAGAUGGGCGAUGAGGGGGACCCCAGGCGGGGGGAUUUAACUGCCCCUUUCUGCACAAUGGGGACAGCCCAGAGGGGCAGGGGGCAACGCCAACACCCACGUCGUGCCAUGCUCCCGCCCGCGCCACGCUCCCGGACUGGCCCCGGUCUUCGGCUGAGGGUUAGCGGGCGGGUCAUCGUCUGACCCAGCCAGUGCCGCCGGAGCCCCUUCCCCUUCCCUAGGAUGCCGGGGGCUCGGCCAGCCCUCCCACCACACCCGAGCAGGGAUAAAAUCCCCAGGAGCAUCGGGGCCGGUGGGGAAUCGGCGCCGUUAGCACGAGGAGCCGAAACCUCGGUCUUGGGCGGUUUGAUAGGAAAGAAAUGAGCAAAUAAAGUCUAAAAACUGAA